AUGACUUUAGCUCUAUAUAUUAUAACUGGUGCAACUGACAACGGGUAUGCUACAGCGGAGGAAAUGAAUACAGGAGGGCUGAUCGGUUGUGGUGGCGUUUUGUGGCGGUUCGUGGCGGCCAUGGCUGGCGAGCCUCAGCUCCUCGGGCGGCAGCAGCAACGGAGAGGAGCGUCGGCGACCUCAGGCCGUGAAGCCACGGCAGGUGGCGGCAGAGAGGCAGCGGAAGCCAAGGCUCAUUUGAGCAAAGGGAGGAGGCUCAUGGUUCCAGCGGAGGAAAAUAUCGGAGGCAACGGAGGAGGCUAUAGUCAGCGGAGGGAAAGGAGUGGCUCUAACGGAAGUUCUGGCAACGUCAACCCCAAAAAUGGAGUCGGCCAAGCAACAGUUAGCUUCCACUUAGGCGCUCCCAAGCAAUGGCAACGGAGGGGGAGCUUGGUGGUUCAACGGGGGAAUAACGGAGGUAAUGGGGCGCUCAUGGAGGAAAUAACGGAGGCAAUCGGCGGCGGUUUUGGCGGCUCCCAAAGGGGGAAAAUACGGAUGCAAUCGGAGGCGGUUAUGGGCGGGUCCAAAGGAUGGAGUCCAACGGGGGAAAUAACGGAGGCAACAGCGGUGGUUAUGGCCGGCUCCAACGGAGGAUUCACGGGGAAAUACAACGGAGCAAACGGCGGCGGUUAUGGCGGCUCCAACGGAGGCCCAACGGGGGAAAUAACGGAGGUCAACAGCGUGGUUAUGGCGGCCCAAACGGAGGCUUCAGCGGGGGAACUACGGAGGCAACGGGCAGUGGUAUGGCGGCUCAACGAGCUCCAACGGGGGAAAUACGGAAGGAACGGCGGCGUAAAUGGCACCGCUGACAGUAGUCGUGGACGCAAGGACCACGAGAGCAUCUCUUUCAUCAGACUCUACCGCAAGCAGCUGAAUCACAUCGCACACAAAAAGGCCAUGCAACCGCAACGGAAAACAGGCAGCAUUUGA